AUGGGCAAAAAACAAAAUCCGCUUCAGGACCAUGUCAGCGGGCAGUCCAAUACACCGCUGUCACUUCCGCCUCAUAGUCUGACCCUAGAGCAGACUGUGGCGGAACUCAAGACUGCAACCUGGGAUGGCCUUGAUGAUGCUGAAGCACGCCGUCGUCUCGAAGAAUAUGGGCCCAAUGAGCUUGGUGAAAUGCAGGGCGUUUCGCCCAUCAAGAUUCUCGUCGCCCAGGUAGCCAACGCCAUGACCUUGGUUUUGAUUCUUGCCAUGGCCGUCAGUUUCGGGAUCUCCUCAUGGAUCGAGGGUGGUGUCGUCACCGCCGUCAUUGUACUCAACAUUGUGGUCGGAUUCUUCCAAGAGUACUCUGCCGAGAAGACCAUGGAUUCCUUGCGCUCUUUGAGCUCACCCACCGCUCGUCUGAUCCGUGGCGGCCAGCAAGUCACUAUACCCUCGAUCGAGGUUGUGCCCGGCGACGUAAUCGAGGUGAAGACUGGCGAUACCAUUCCUGCCGAUAUGAGGGUUUUUGAUGCUGUCAAUUUCGAGACAGACGAGGCAUUACUCACUGGUGAAUCGCUUCCGGUCCGCAAACAAGAGAACGGCACAUUUCCUGAAAAGACUGGCCCUGGUGAUCGCCUCAAUGUUGCCUACAGUUCUUCAAACGUCACCAAGGGGCGUGCCAAAGGCGUUGUAUUUGCUACCGGGCAAUUCACGGAAAUUGGUGCCAUCGCUGUCCAGCUCAGAGAGACAAAGUCAAAGGUCCGCCCUGUCAAACGCAAAGAGAACGGCAAAGCAAAGCCUCAUCGUUACGUGGAAGCGUACACUCUGACCACUACCGACGCCAUUGGACGCUUCCUUGGUGUGAACGUAGGAACCCCAUUGCAAAGAAAGUUGUCCAAAUUGGCAAUCUUGCUGUUUGGUAUAGCGGUGUUGUGUGCUAUCAUCGUCCUGGCGGCUAACAAGUUCGACUCCCGUCAAGAAGUCGUCAUUUACGCAGUUGCCACUGGGCUUUCUAUGAUUCCCGCCAGUCUGGUAGUCGUGCUUACCAUCACGAUGGCUGCUGGAACGAAGAGCAUGGUCAAGCGAAAUGUCAUUGUGCGGAAUCUCAAAUCGUUAGAGGCCUUGGGAGGAGUGACUGAUAUCUGUUCUGACAAGACAGGAACGCUGACCCAGGGCAAGAUGAUUGCUCGCGGUGCGUGGAUUCCAGGCGUGGGAACAUACACAGUGGAGAACUCGACUGCCCCGCAAGAUCCAACAGCAGGCGAUAUUCGAUUUGGUUCCGAGCCACCCCAGACCAUGGAUCUCAAGGCCGGCGGUGCUGCCUGCGGCAACGCCGUCUCGUCUGACCAAAUCUCAAGCCACAAGCACGGUCGCUUCCAGCACUUUCUCAACACCGCGUCUCUAGCUAACCUGGCUGCUGUCAAGCAGAACCACGAUGGCGCGUGGCAAGCACACGGUGAUCCCACGGAAAUCGCCAUUCAGGUGUUCGCUGCCCGAUUCGGCAUGAACCGUGAGGAGCUCGUCAAGGGUGAUUCACCCGAGUGGCAGGACCUGGUGGAACUUCCCUUCGACUCCGAUGUCAAACGUAUGUCCGUCAUUAUGAAACACGCAAGCGGAACUUUUGUCUUCACAAAAGGCGCCGUCGAGCGAGUCAUCCAGAACUGCACCACAUAUCUGACCGACGAUGACGGGACAUCGAACCCAGUUACCGAAGAGUUCCGCAACGAGAUCCUGCAGAAUAUGGAGGCUUUAGCUGGUCUCGGACUACGUGUGCUGGCUCUGGCAAGUAAGGAGUACCCGCAUGAGGUGGAGAAAAAUGCCGAAGUGGAUCGCGCUUCCGUUGAAUCGGAUUUGGUUUUCCGUGGUCUCAUUGGGCUCUACGAUCCGCCUCGCCCAGAAUCUGCACCUGCCGUGCGUCAAUGCCAUGAAGCAGGAAUCGAAGUUCACAUGCUCACUGGUGAUCAUCCCGAGACGGCCAAGGCCAUUGCGAUUGAGGUUGGUAUCUUGCCUUCAGCCGAUCGCAUGAAACGUAUUUCCAGCGAUGUUGCCCGGUCGUUGGUCAUGACUGCUACCGAGUUUGAUAGCCUAACGGAUGAUCAAGUUGAUGAGCUACCUGUCUUGCCUUUGGUGGUAGCGCGAUGCGCGCCCAGUACCAAGGUCCGUAUGAUUGAGGCUCUGCAUCGAAAGGGGAGAUUUUGUGCCAUGACUGGUGAUGGUGUAAACGACUCGCCUUCACUCAAGCGCGCAGACGUAGGCAUUGCCAUGGGCCAAGCUGGUUCAGAUGUUGCAAAGGAAGCUUCGGACAUCGUAUUGACCGAUGACAACUUCGCAUCGAUCUUGGCUGCCAUCGAGGAGGGUCGGCGUAUAUUCGACAAUAUCCAAAAGUUCGUGCUUCACGUCCUCGCGGAAAACGUUGCCCAGGCUGGAACGCUAUUGGUUGGUUUAGCAUUCAAAGAUUCCACCGGCUUAUCUGUAUUCCCUUUGGCGCCAGUUCAGGUCGUCUGGAUUAUCAUGGCAACAUCUGGAAUGCCUGAUAUGGGUCUAGGUUUUGAAAGAGCUGUACCAGACAUUCUACAACGCCCACCCCAGUCACUAAAGACUGGAAUCUUCACCAUGGAGUUCCUUGUCGACAUGGUCGUUUACGGAUUGUGGAUCACGCUUCUCUGCUUGGCCAGUUUUGUUCUCGUCGUGUUCGGCUUCGGAGAUGGCCAACUAGGCAGUGGCUGCAACGAGUCGUACAACGAGUCUUGCGAGCUUGUCUUCCGCGCCCGCGCCACUACCUUCGCCUGUCUCACUUGGUUUGCUCUGUUCUUGGCUUGGGAGAUGAUUGACAUGCGUCGAUCCUUCUUCCGCAUGCAACCCGGGUCGAAGCGCUACUUCACGCAGUGGAUGCUGGACGUCUGGCGCAACCAGUUCCUCUUUUGGGCCGUGUUUGCCGGAUUCGCUACUCUCUUCCCCCUCAUCUACAUUCCCAAGCUCAACACUGUCGUCUUCAAGCACGCUCCCAUCUCCUGGGAAUGGGGCAUUGUGUUCGUCGCCGCAGGCAUCUUUUUUGCGGGAGCCGAAUCUUGGAAAUGGUGUAAGCGUGUCUACUUCCGUCGUCAGGCACGCGCAGCCACUGGCAAGGUUGACAAGAAUAUGGAUAUACAAGACCGUGUCUUUGGUCGCUAUUACACCGAGGAUUCAAGAUUGACAGAGAAAGUGUGA